UACAAUCAACAUCAUUAGCGUAUGAAAAUACAAGCUUAAAGUAUAAUACUUUUCACAAUAGAAAUAUAUCACGACAAUUCGUGUCUAAAAGUAUGUAUAUACGUACAUUAGUUUAAUUUUUCUGUAUAUAGGAACAUUUAUCUUUCUGGUAAACUAUCAGAGAAUGGUAAUACGCAUAGUCUGAGACGCUACUUUCAAGAAUGUACAUAAUCCCUGCUUCAUCAAAACCAAUUCCAAAACGGAUAUUAUAAAGGGCUACACAAGCUUCGUUAAGCCGCCCCAUCUGCAACUGAGUGCCAAAUCCAAAUCUCAGGGAGCAAAAAGAAAUCACAUCCUCGAAAAUAGAUCGGUCUUCAUGUGAGCUCAUCAUUCGCGAGAAGCGUCAGCGUCACGACUGUAAUUAAUUAGGGUCCCGCAAAAAGGUGUCGAGGUCCAGCGACUGUGACGCAGGCUCCUGCGGCAUGGCAGUAUCCGCCCAAAUGCCGACCUGGCCGCCCGCGUCUUUGGCCGGGCGCGCCGCCUAACCGGCGCGAGCUUACAAAAAAUAACGUUCCUCUUUUAAAAUUCGCUUUUAAUUUUGGAAGACUUUAUAGUGCCAGUUACAUUUCAUAGACAAUUUUUUUGUUUUUCGAUAAAGUUAAAUCGUGGUUGACUUUAGAGUUUGCUUAAGUUUACAUUUAUAAUUGUUGCAUACCAGUUUUAAAACUUUAGAAAUCGAAGUUCAAUUUUCAAUCAUAAUAUUAUUUUAAUUUAAUAGCAGCAAUUAGUGCAAAAAGUGACUGAAACAAAGUGUCGGAUUGAAAGAGUGCAAUGUCAGUGAAGAAUUACGUGAUUUGUUAUAAAGUGCAGUGGGCCGGAGGGGGGAUGCAGCUGACGGUUCGACAGUGAGUGAUCUGCGACCAGUGACGCCAGCAACAUGUCCGCAGGAUCGGCAGUGGCCAUGAUCGGCGCAAACCUGCGUUUCGGGUCAGCCGGUGCGACCAACUCAUCCAUUCUCAAUCACACGCGGCACUGCCCGCCAGGCGGCGCCGCCAGCGCAGCGGCGUUGCUGGCGCUGUCGGGGCUGGGAAUGUCUGCGAAUCUAGCGCUGAUGACCGUCAUAUUGAGCAAGAAGCAGUUAAGGAGGUGGUCACACGGGCUUCUAUUCCAUCAGGCAAUAGUCGACUGCGCCCGCGCCGCCAUUUUGCUGCCGCUCGGCAUCGCCGUCUUCCGUUGCCAGCCAGUCUACAAAUGCUCGCUGGUCGAAACUGCGUUUCUACUGUUGGUAACAGUAUCAACGGUGAAUAUGCUAACUACGGUGUUAAACGACAGCCCCAUAUUUCCGGAAAACGAAGAAGAACAAGCCGAUUUAUCUGCUCCCCUGCUAAUGGACAGCCCGCAGUGCGUCCUCUUCGGCACAUUCAUGAUCUGGUUCGCAUCCAUCACGAUCAACCUCGGCCCAACGUUUCUGUCGGGCGCACUAGCAGCCAGCGCCGGGCACUACGGAUCCUACGGGGCAUCACCCUCUUGCCCUCUAGUCCGAGGGCCUUUCCGACACUACGUCCUCAACGCUCUCUGGAUUGGCGUAAAUGCCGUAUGCGUAGGCCUCACGCUGUUCCAUCUCAAGAAACUGCACAGAGACCUCACUAAGGCUAACGUAGAGGCAGUGCGAGUAGCUGGUCUAGUGACCACGCUUGUCAGCAUGGCUGGAGACAACAGGCGCAUGGACUCGCUGCCUAACAGCGUCGGACCGAGGACUGUAGAUGGAGCAUUAGCGGACGGCCAGCGCAUGCAAAGCUCAAAUCUGCCGCUGGGCGGCGGGCGUCGCCUGCGGGGGUACCUGGCGCGGGUGGAGCGGGAGGGAGUGCGCCGAGUGCGCAUGUUCGUCGUCAUUACCGCCGCGUACGUGUUGUUCUGGGGGCCGCUGUUCAUCGUGACGCUGCUACACCACCCGGCGCUUACGUCGCAUAUAGCGUAUGAGAUGUACUUCCAAAUCUCGCUGCACAUCUCGUACGUGCACGCCGCAGUGAACCCGCUGCUGUUCAUGGCCCUGCAUCGCGCGCUACGUCGAGCGGCCCUGCAACUGUGCUGCGGGUGCUGUGUGCAUUGGAGCCAGUUUGUUCUGGCACUUACAGCUGCUGCCCAGUCACCACUGGCACCAGCCUCCUUCUCCCCAGCAGCAGCAUCGCCCGAGCCGCCCCCUGCACCGCCCCCACCUAUGGCGCCCCCCGCGCCGCCAGCGCCCGCGCACUCGGUCCCCGCGCCUCACACGAUGAUGAGUUGGGAAGUUGAGGAGUGUGACGCUGAGAGUAUGUCGAGUGCGCGUGUGCAGGGAGACGAGGAUAUGAUGGGGGAGCCAUGGAGCAGCGUGCGCCGGCCCCCGCGCUCCCCGAGCCCCCUGCUGCCCGCGAUCUAAGCGGCCUCGGCCUUCGACGCAGCCAUUCUGCAUCAUGCCGCGUCCUCGUAAGCCGGCGCCCGCGCCGCGGUCGCCACACAUAUCCGCGCUGCAUUUACUAUCAUCCGUGUCCAAAUAUCUAUGUAAAUAUACGUGAAACUUCAACGAAUUAUAUGUAUAUAGUUAGUAAAUUAGCGAAACAUUUAUGUACGAAGAAGUUUCUGGUUUACAUAUAAAUGGUAAAUUACAACGGUUUUCUACCAGAUACUUGCAACCUUAGUAAUGGAGAAAAAAGUGCAAAGUUCUUUAGUUAAGGUAAAAACUAUUACGGGACUAAUUGGCUAUUGAUAAGUGAACCUGAACCUGGAAUUAAACUUGUUAUAAGGUUGUAUAAUGGAAUAAGAAUUAUUCUGAGGCUAUACUAUCAGAAUGGAUCUAAUUUUAUUAUAUUUAUUCGGACUAAGUAUUUAAAGCACAGAGUAAAUCAAGUACUUUAAAAUAAUGAAUGUUUAUGGUGUAUUCGAUUAAUGGGUGUUCUAAUUCUAUAAAUUAAGCACUUAGAGAAAAUUUAUAGAGAUCUUAUUGUAUCAUAAACGUAUGUAGGUAUUUUAAAUAUUAUACACUUGUAACAUUUUAUGGGAAGCUCAAAUUCUAAACAUGAGGACAUAGCAUACAUCUCAAUCAUAUGCACUAGAAAAUGUACCGACUGGAAUCGGUCAUAGUCUAAAUAAAGAUUCUAUUUUUGUUAGUAAAAAUGCAAUCUCCUAUGUACUUAAGCAAUAUGUUCUCAAGACACCAAUUAGAUAGGAAAAGUAGUACUUAUAAAAUAAAGAAAUAUAUUUAUGAAAAUUAUGUGUCUCCUAUCACAUUGUUUUAACUUGUUGUUUUGUAAAUACUAAAACGUACGAUUUCCACAAUUUAUAAUCUUAAACAAUUAAUUUAUAAAUUUAAACUGUUAUCCGUUUUCAAAUUAUUUUUUGUGUGUAUUUCCUGUUAAUGUGAUUAUCACCAAAACUUUGUUGAUUGUUAACAUUUCUCUACUCAAUGUAAUUUUUAUGCAUAAAGACUGACUAAUUUUAUUUUUCUGUUUAACUGUCCUGUGUGUAUUCCUAUGAACUUAUGUAAGUAUACUAUCUUAGUUUUAAAUAUCAACUAUAUGACUCGAUAAAUGUAUCACUCUUAGAAUUAAGUUACAUGUGAAUAUUAAUUUUCACUUAUAAGAUUAUAUGUAAGUAUGUCUUAUCUAGGUUAUAUUUUUUUUAGUCAACCGUUCUUUUACACAAAAAAUCCUGUGAACUGAAGAUAUUUGAUUUUGAUUUGAUUGAACUUGGUGACAAUCUUACACAAGUCAACCUAGUCCGAAACUGAGAGAUAUAUUCUUUUACAUUAUAAGUAAGUCAUCACUUACUAGUGUCAGUCAAUUGAUUGUCCUCGUUAAAGAAUUAAUUUCAUAACAAAUAUGUCUUUAGGCUAGAUUAACACACGCCAACAUGAUUGGUAUAAUCUAGCAAAUACGAGUAUAAACCAUAUUUGAAAAUCCGAAUGUUACUUCGACAGAUUUUUCCUCCGCCGCCGCCGAAACAUAUUAUAUACAUUAUUGGCGCUAUGGAUGCGAAAACAGACACCUUCAAGAUUCAAGGGUGGAAAAAGCUUAACAAUAAUGUCACCUAUCCAUAUAACCAAAAAACAUUUAAUUAUUAACUAAAUGGAUUACCUGUCUUUAAAUGGAAUGAAAUAGACGAAACAUGAAAAACAGUAGAGAAAAAUAUAAUUUAACUGAAUAGAAAUACUUUAUAAAAAUCAUUGUACAUAGUAAUGAAGAGACAAAUCGUCCUGUUUACAUUUUCGUAUUCAUUAUACAAUUUUUUCUAUAGUUUAAUGUACUAUGUUAAAUGUGUCGCAGUGGUGUAUAAUAUAAGGACCUAUGUCUAAAAUAAAAUGCCAAAUUAAGAGAAUAUUAUAAAAUCGUGGUCUUCACGUAAUUAUUAAAAUGAGACUAUAAAAGGAAAAAAUAAAAUGAUUUGACUAAAAAUGGUUUUUGUCUUGAAUUUUUAGGCCUUUAUUAGUUUCAAUUGUCAAAGUAGCCCUUUUUAUUUUCGUUAUGAUGAUGUAAUCCUGGGUGGACAACACACUGGGUGGAAAAAAUGUGAUAUUUCAUUGGAAAAAAAUUUAAUACUCUUCGACAGAUGUUAAUUAUCAGAUAAUUAAUUAAUUGGGCAACCAGGGCGGCAUUACAGUCAUGUACAGUGAAAAUGUCUCUCCCUACUACCCAUCCAUUUAAACGGUGUGCAAAUUCCUUUACUAAGUACUGAGUAUCUAAUCUACGGUCGAUAUGCUUUAAGUUAUGUUUGCUCCUAAAAAAAACAGCACAAACACGACGUUGUAAGGACGCAAGUAAAUAUCGUUUUCUCAAACUUGCUAUGAAAUGAUGACAUGACUUACGUCAAAUUAGGUCCGGAAAUACUACAUAUCAGGUGCGAUGAGUGAAGAUGAUAUGUAAAGGAAUUUCAUACUGCCUUACACACCUAGGACUGUAAAGCAAGCUUCUUUUGUUUUUAACGUCAAAUUGUGACACAACGUCUUGGCAUCCAACCAUCAACUAGCUUCAGUAAGCUUGGUAGUUGGUACGGUGAUUUGUUGUGCAUAUUCGUUGCUAAGCAACGGCAGUGGCGCAUCGCGCAGGCGCGCGGACUAACGCGCGUGAGGUUGUACACCGCCGCUAGUAGAGUGGCGAGCCGAGUAGGUCGCCACAAAACAAAUUGACUACAAUUUUUUGUUUUAAUUGCAAGUUUGAGAAAAGCACUAUACAUGUCUCGGCGAGAAACGGGGUUGCCGGCCGCGUAUCUCUAUCCGGCUUCGCUACGCUCAGCCGUAUAUAUCUACUUGGCCUGCAACCCUACGUUUCCCGGCCUCUAUAGUAAUGUACUAUUACCACAAAUUGUAUCUUAGUCUAGUCAAAAGUCCCACUUUGUCGCUUACCAUAAGGACGAGAGUCGCUUGUAUCUUUAUACGAAUAAUCUGGCAAGGGGUAAACGAAAAAUUGGGACGUUUUGCCAGCCGCGGACAUAAUUAAACAAUAAUACGAGUAAUGUCAAUGUUUGUGAUCAAUGACAGCGCAAAGAACAGUGCGGCAUGCAGUCGCAAUUGGAACCUAAACUUUACCCAAGUAAUUAGGCUACCUACUUAAGUACCCUAAGGGGUGCUUUGGAAUUUCUCAUUAUGAUAACACUAACAGUAUAAUUUCGAUGCUUCCGUUGAGCACAAUUUUAAUCAUACAUUAAUUAAAGCUGUUCCAAAAGCUUUCGCAAAAUAAUGCGAUUAUGUGCUUAAUUGGCCCACGUUCGAAACAGCGCUAGCUGACUACACAGUUAAACAUAACAAUAACAGUAUUUUAAGUUUUAGUAUUUUUAUGUCAAUACAUAAAAGUACUACGUACUAGACACGCUAUCGAGAACAAGUUGUGUCCGCCAUUUUCGGCGUUUGACGUCUGUCACUACGUUUAAGAAUAAUAGCUAUUCAGAGUAAAAACUGUUAUGACAACUGUUCGUUUUCUGCCUAAAUACGUACUAUAAAAAAUCUAGAUAAAUGUAUUUAUUUCCAUUAAAGUGUUAUUAAUGAUUUUUGUUUCUUUUGUGACAUUGCCGAUAUUAAAAUUUAUAAAAAUAAUCUUAAAACCUUAGGUGUUUGGCUCUCGAACUCGUAGCAAUUUUGAUCAAAUCGCACUUAUAACAUGAUAUAUUCUUUAAAUAUAAUAAUAAAAACACUUCAAAAAAUUACAAGAUAACAAAUUUAUAUAUCAUUUUUGUGUAUAUAUUCUACAAACAAUAAGGUACAUUAUCAUUAGUACCUCCGUGUUACAUCUGCGAAAUGAAAUUUAUGCGCCAAAGAAAAUGGCGUACCACCGCGAGUGUUUAAAGUGACGUUUCAAAAUAAUCUAUAUGGCUAAGCUUAAAACAAAACAUUUUUCGCGUGUAUUGUUAUUAUAUUGCUUUUAUUAUGUUUCUGGAUAUUAUUAGAAUACAUUUUCAUAACGCAUAAAGAAAUAUCGUCUCUGCAAAGUUGCAUAAAGUCAAAGUGAAAUGAAAAACUAGAUCGUGAUGGACCUCAUUCCUUAAUACGCUAUUUAUACAUAAUAUAUACGUACAGGCGCCAUCAGAUAUAUCGUGUCGAUACUAUAAUGAUCGUGAUCGUGAGUUAUUGGUGUGGUUGGAAGUUCGGCGUUUGAUGAAACUGGUUUGUAUUGAGCUCAGUAAGUAAAUUCUAAAAUUAUUAGACUUUUAUCCUAACGCAUAAUAAAUACAAAACAUUUGAAAAUCUUUAAAUCAGUUUAAUCGUGAAAUUUCUUGUGCUUAAAUACGGAAUACAGUUAAAUGAGUUUUCGUAUUGAGCAUCACCUUUGGUCGUUAUGCAUGGCGUAUACCUUCCCUCCUUUUCCAAACUAAAAUACCUUUUGUUAGAAGACAAACCAUCUCAGUGUUAGGACCUAUGUACUAUAAAUAAUGACAAUAUACUGCCUAAUUAGAUUAUCUGUGCUACCGAGUUCCUUCUAGGCGAUAACUAGAUUUACUUCUACUAAGCACGUACGAACCCGCCAAGCUCAAGCAAACAAUAAAUCAAGCAAUUAUGAACUUUAUAUUUAUGUGUUAAGAACCUUCACAAGUUUACCACAUGAAGUGGUUGGCACGUAUGGCGAACGACGGCGAACGUGACGAUUCACUCUCGUUUCGUGGCCGCUAUUGAAUUCAGAACAUUCUUUUGGGUUUGACGUCACGGUGUAGUGCAGUUUCAUAUUAUCAGUAACAUGGCCAUUUUUAGGGUUCCGUACUAAAAAGGUACAAAAGGAACCCUUAUGGUGCGACUCUAUCCGUCCGUCCGUCUGUCUGUCUGUCUGUCACAUCGCUAAAUAUCUCGAGAACUACUUAUUUUUAAUAACUAUGGGAAAUGCCCAAUAUGAAGAGGGGGCAAAAAUUUCAAAGUCUAGUGACUAGGUCAUGUGGGGUAUCAUUUGAAAGAGUUUAAAUUGACUAUUCCAAACAAUUUUUAUAAUUUUUUAGUAGUGGAAAAAAAAAUAUUUAUGAAGGAAGAUGUGAAAUAAAUACUUCCCCC